UUUUUUUAUAAUAAUAAUGCCACAACAAAAUGAGGAACAACAUUUACCAACUGUAUUUCAGCGUUUGGGUAAACAAGUAAUAUUCAAUAAUAAUACACUUUCCCGAAAAAAAAGGUCUUUUACUGCGCCAAGUAAUCAUAAUGACAAAGUUAAUUUUACAAUUUCACGUCCUCUUUCUACUCAUAACUUGGAUGUUCCUCAUAAUACCAGUUUAAAUUAUACUGAUAACUUAUCAUCUUUGAAUAUGAAUAAUCCUGUUGCUGCUCAUCUUAUAAAUUCAUUUCAAACAUCAACUCCAUCUCCUUCAAAUACAAAAGCCAAUUUUAGUUUCUUACAUUCUCAACAACAGAACGAGAAUCAUCCUGUAAUCUCUUUUGCUCAUGACCAUAAUCCCAACUCUUCUCUUCCUUUUCAUCAACAAUUGUUUAACCUCCAUAAUUCAGUAAAUACCCAUUUCAAUGUUUCCCCAUCUACUCCGAUUUCUACCUUUACAUCAGUCACUUCCCCUACCUCUAUAAUACAUAAUACUGAACAAAAAAUAGACACAGAUGAUGGCAGUACUUAUCGCUUUAUUACUAUCAAGAAAAAGAGCCAGUCUGGUCCUGGAAAUGAUAAUAAAAAAGAAAGUAUGAAUGACAUGGAAAUUCAAAUAAUAUCCAGGAAAAAUCAAAGGGCUAAAAAUCAAAAUGACAUUUUAAUCCAAGAGAAUAACCCCAUUUCCGAACGUGAUAGGCUUGCCAAGUCUAUUCAGAUAACUGCUCCUCGUCCACUCAAUUUUGACAAAAAACUGAUUAGUAAAAAGGAAAGAAUGCAUCGUUAUACUGAUUCUUCGAGUGAUAAUAACUAUAAUAGUGAUACUGAUACUGAUAUGGAUCUUGAUAAAAGCCCAUCACAUAUAAAUCGAAAAGUCAUUCUAUCUUCUAAAUCGGGUACUAUUCCUAAGAGUGAUAACAAAGACCUUCAUUUUCGUCGUCGUGAUCGAUCUCCAUCAGUGCAAACUCGUUCAAAUAAUUCUCAUCCCCCAUCUCGCAAAAAACAAAGAAAAUUAGUUAGCUCCCAUAGUAGUGAUGAAAGUGAUUUUGAAGAAGAUAAAAGUAGGAUAAGAAUUCGUGGGCGUUUACGUUCUUCGUCUUCUAGAAGUCGUAGUAAUAGUAGGCAACGCUCAAAGAGAAAAAGGGAUAAUUCACCCACUACUAGUAGUUGCGAUGAAGAGAAAGCUCCUUUCUUUCGAUUAAAACCUGAUCGUUAUGUACCCAACUAUGAUAAAAGACCCUUGCCGCCUCAAGCUCGUCAUCACCGAACAUCUACAUCUAAAGAAUUGAGUUCUUGCUCUCCUCUGGGAGCAAAGAACAGUUGCACCAAUAGACACAAAGAUAAUCUACAACCUACAGCAAAAAAAUCUGCUGUCACUCCUACUUCCACAUCUAAAAUUACAAUCAGUCCAGAAACAACAGUUGAGCCUGUAAAUGAGAUUAACACUCAUUCUCUUUCUACUACAUCAAAAAAUAAUACUACUCUUCCUCAUCAGCAGCCUAUUGCUAAUACUGAAACUAAAAAGCAGAUAAUCAAACAAGGAACUUUGAAUAUUAAAGAUCAUAAACCAAAUAUUUCCAAUGUUAAAAUUACAAACAUACCCAUUUCUGUUCCCCAACAAGAAUCUGAAUUACCUAUUAUUAACAAUGAUCAAAGGGGCUCAUCUACAACAAAACCAUCUCAACAAAAGUCACAAACACAUUUAUCUGUAAAUACCGACAUUACCACAAACACAUUUGCUGAUAAUUAUCAUACCCGCCAAAAAGACGUUAAUAACAACGUGAUGACUGAAGAAAAGUCUCAGCAUCUUACAAAUGGACAUUUAUAUAAUCAAUCUCAAGAUGUAAAUAAUACAUCCAUUACCCCUUCAACUACUAUUACAUCACACAAGCAAUUGAAUAAUACUAACAAUCUAACGAAAAAAAUUCAACCAUCAUCUUCAUCAUCAACUGUUAUUAUUGAUAGUUCUAGAGAGACUCAGGAUUCACAUACUACUUGUAAUGAUAAUGUAAUGAAAAACAAUGCUACACUUAUUUCUACUGCUACUGAUAGUAGUGAAAAAAAUUGUUCUACAGCGGCAAAAGCCAUUGCUGCUUCCUCAAAACUGACUAAUCAGCAACCCAUAAUGUCAGUAGCCAUGGAAAAGGAUAACUCUGAUAUUGUAUGUAAUAAUAAUAAUUUAUCUAACACAAUUAGUACGAGUCAACAGUUAACGACAGAAACCACUUCCUCUACUGAUAUUCAUGAACAACAGUCUAAAGAUACAGAUUUGGUCAUGGUAUCACCAACAUCUAUUGAUAGCUUAUCUAGUAUCUCCCAUCCCAUAACUCAAAUCGAAAAUGUCACUCUAAAUUCAACCUCGAACCAAGCUACUACCCAUAGUACUCAUUUACCUGUUACUAUGACUAGUAAUGCUUCAAUAACUAAGAAAAACGCAAUCAACGAAAUCGAUCAACAGCAUCUCAUUAACAAUGAGAUGCAUAAUUCUCCUAAUUUAAGUAAUAAUAAUGAUAGCCUGAUUUUAUCAUCUUCAUCUGUUAUAGCCAAAAGGCUUGAUAAUUCAGCAGACAGUGCUAUCAUUACUCCCAGUAAUCCUAAUUCCUCCCUUUUCAUGGAGAAGUCUAAUGUUGGUUUAAGACCAGUAAAGAAAAAACGAUUACCUUCUCCAUGGAAAGUGAAAAUGAGUGAUAUGGGUGAUAUCUAUUAUCACAAUCCCAUCACUGGCGAAGAUACCUUUAUUAGACCUGAAUAGCUCCCUCCUUGUUAUUAUUAUUAUUAUU